AUGGCGCUUGCAGAAGUUUGUGGAUUGAAGCUUCCGAAAUCUUUUGCCUCUCAAGGCGAAAGGAAUCAAUUAUUUAAUAACUGCGGUGGCAACUAUGGUAGGCCUUUAGAAACUCGAAAUUCAUUUACCAAUGAAAAAUCUGAUGUCAAGAUACAUUUUGAUCAUGGUACAACAACAUUGGCUUUUAAAUUUAAACAUGGUUGUAUUGUUGCUGUUGACUCCAGAGCUACAGCUGGGUCUUAUAUAGCCUCACAGACAGUAAAGAAAGUAAUUGAAAUUAAUCCUUAUUUAUUGGGAACAAUGGCUGGUGGGGCUGCUGACUGUUCUUUCUGGGAAAGACAUUUGGCCAAGGAGUGCAGAUUAUAUGAGUUAAGAAAUAAAGAAAGAAUAUCAGUAGCUGCUGCUAGUAAAUUACUAGCUAAUACAGUUUAUAACUAUAAAGGCAUGGGAUUGUCUAUGGGUACAAUGAUAGUUGGAUGGGAUAAGAAGGGACCAGGCCUGUAUUAUGUGGACAGUGAUGGUGAAAGAUUAACUAAUAACAUGUUCUCAGUGGGAUCUGGAUCAACUUAUGCCUAUGGUGUAUUAGACAGUGGCUACAGUUGGGAUUUAUCAGUAGAGGAUGCAUAUGAAUUAGGAAAGAGAUCUAUUUAUCAUGCUACUCAUCGUGAUGCUUACAGUGGUGGUGUUGUAAACUUGUAUCAUAUGAAACAAACUGGAUGGAUUAAAGUAUCACAGACAGAUGUUAAAGAAUUACAUUAUAAAUAUCAAGAAGAAAAAGCAAAGAAGAAAUAA